AGUUGCAUCAUGGCAAAACAUCUGAAGUGUGAUAUUUCGGGAUAUUUCUUUUUACUUGCUAACAGUAUGAAAGAAAAGGGAUGAAUAUAGUUUUCUUGUUCAAGGUUUAUGAUUAUUAUUAUAAUCAUUAUUUAUGUUUUAAAUAUUGCUUUAUUUUGGCCUAUUAACGGAGCGUUAUUGCAGGACAGCAGGAGAUCGAGAGUGCUGGAGUUGCAAGCCGUUUACAAAAAAAAAACUGUCUGCAUCACAAGACUACAGACAGUAGAUUCAGGAUGUGCAUGCGACACAUGUAAUUGGAAGUUCACUGAAACCAGAUUGUUACACCUGAAGAGAGACAAUGUCGGAUGACGCCAUACAAGCUGUCCGUGUCAGAAGUCUUAGCCUCUCAAAGAGUGAGAUCAUCGGUUUGAUCAUACGGUUGUCCAUUGUUGGGGCUGCUACAUACUAUGGAGUAAAAUGGAUUGUCUAUGCCAUGGACCCCACCAGGAAACAGAAACAAGAAGCCAAACAACAAGCAGAGAAGCUGAUGAAGGCUAUAGGGCUAUCCCCUCACACCAGUCUAUCAGAGUAUGAGCUGUCUAUUGCUACCCAGUUAGUUGACCCCUUGACCCUUUCCAUUGCAUGGUCAGACAUUGGUGGACUACAAGAAACCUGUAAGGAGAUCAAAGAGACCGUUCUACUUCCUCUGAAGAAGAAACACCUGUUUGCUGGCUCAAAGCUCAUGCAGCCCCCCAAAGGUGUUUUACUAUACGGACCACCAGGAUGCGGGAAGACCAUGAUAGCCAAGGCUAUCGCUAAAGACGCAGGAUGUCGGUUUAUCAACCUUCAAGCUUCCAACCUGACAGACAAGUGGUAUGGAGAAUCCCAGAAACUUGCAUCAGCUGUUUUCUCACUGGCAACCAAAUUCCAACCAGCCAUCAUCUUUAUUGACGAGAUUGACUCCUUCCUAAGAUCACGAGCAUCACAUGAUCAUGAGGCUACAGCUAUGAUGAAAGCUCAGUUUAUGACAUUAUGGGAUGGACUUAUUACUAAUGACAGCUGUGAGGUGAUUGUGAUGGGAGCCACAAACCGACCCCAGGAUGUUGAUGCAGCCAUCUUGAGGAGAAUGCCCACAUCAUUCCAUAUAGGAAUGCCAGACAAAGCCCAGAGAAAACAUAUACUACAAAUCUUACUCAAAGAUGAAAAGGUUGACAAUGAUGUAAAUCUAGACCUAAUAGCUGAGAAGUCUGAGAAGUUCAGUGGCAGCGACCUAAGAGAGAUGUGCCGGAAUGCCUGCAUGUAUCGCAUCAGAGAUCACGUUGCUGAAGGAGAUGCAGCCAGUGAUGACCUUCGACCUCUGAGUAUGGCAGACAUUCUAUCAGCUUUAGGCAAGCUAAAGGAAGCACGGGUCCAUCAAGAUUACAGCACACAACCUCUAAGUUCACUUCCUCUUGAUUGAUAGUCUUUUCAUUUCUUUUGUAAACUGAUAUUUGAAUUUUGUCAGAUUUUUAUACACUGAUAAUAAUCUUGCAGGUGUUUUUUGUGCUGUGACUUGAAAUCCAAACCAAACAUAGGUACAAGUUGAUGUGACAGUCCCCCCCCCCAAAAAAAAAAAACAGAGAAUAAAAUUACCACUCAAGUCUUUGUUUGUAUAGGUUGAAAUGAUGUGCCAAAUGGGUUUGGAAAUAAAUGAGUUUUCUGAGUAAUCAGCAGAAGAAUCAUGAGCGUCGUGAAAAACCUGCUCUUUAAGACUCGCAGAAUUUAUGACAAUAAAACAAAGAGAAACAAAAAUUAGAGGGACAAAUUACCCAGUAGUCAUAUUUUGAUUUUGAUUUUGCCAGCGCCAUAAUGAGGCUGCGAUGAAUGCAAGGAAUGCUUCCCAGGGAGUGGAUAUUGUGCACUUUUCGUGCGGGAUUGAAAUGAAUCCAAUGACCGGGGUAAUAAUAUGCUGUAACGCGCUUUGAGCCAUUCAGGGAAAAGCGCUUUAUAAAAAUUGGCUAUUAUUAUUAUUAUUAUUAUUAUUAUUUCAAUCUAAUGGAAAAUAAACAAGGUCAAGAUCUGAUGUUAAUGUCCAUUUAAUAUUUGAUGAAUCAUAAAUUACAUUUGGUUUGUGUAUAAAACUUUAUACAGUGAUGCAAUAUCCAGACUAUUAUAAUUUUAUUUUCAAGAGAAUCUUCAUGUAUUAUCAUUAAGUUGGGUUCCUUUUUCUUUCGACUCCCAGUUUGACUCAAUUUAAAAUUAACAUGAAAAUUACCCAUACUGAUGUGGUGUAGAUUUUUUAUUGAAUCUUCCCAUUAUUUUUCAUGGUUUUGUUGCCAAUGGCAGGAGUGAUCUACAUUGCUUAUAUUUAUUAUCUGUUACAAAGUAUAGAGUGCUUUUGUUCAGCCUUUCACACGACUCCUCUUUCAGAACUAGAAGUGAAAUCAAGGAGAGAAAACAAGUCCUUGAAUAUAGUGACCCAUAUUUCAAUGUGGCUAGGUAGGUAUUCAUGAAGCCAUAUCUGGGGCGGUGACACAAUAUUUGUUCCCUGGGUCAAUUGCUCUGGGCUUUAUUUCGUCUGAGAUGUAGGGUUAGGGUUGCAGUAGGGUUUUAUGUAAGGUUUAGGAUAAGGUAUAGCGUUAAAUCCAGGGUUGAAGUUGGUCAUUCCAUUAGUGUGGUGAAUUUACAGCAGAGUAAUUGUUGCCGGAGCAAAUGUCCAGGAACCAUCUUGGGCCCCAUGUUCUACCUAACAUGUUUUCCAAACCACUGAAAUGCAAACAAAAACAUUGGGUGACACCAUCACUUCAGUGCUCUAUACUGCACUAGGGGGGGGGGUGUUGCAAGAAAAUAUUUGCGAUCAAUUGCAAAUAUUUUAUUGCAAUUUUACAACUGAUAGAUCAACGUUAGCUGUAGCAAAUCAGAUUAAACUUCUUGUUUCAAGGAGCAGAUUAGAAAUCAAUCACUAAUUUGCAAUUAACUAUGAGAUAUAUGAUUGAUUUCAGGACUUAAAAUAGACUUGCAAUUGAUCACAAGUUUCUUGCAACGCCCCAUUAGAGUGGUUUCUUCCCAAUUUCAACUCAACAGGAAUUUACUUUAAUGUAAUAUAACAAACUUUGUAGUGUUUUGAUGAAUUCAUAACUUGUGAAGAACAUCAAUCAUGGUACUUUUCAAGAUGUGCUUCAAAUAACUUGCCUUCAUAUUAUUUUUUUCUGGUUAUGUCAAUUGCUCCUUAUGGAUUUGAUGUGAAUAAUUUGUUUUGUUUGUUUGUGUUUAGUUUGGAUGAGUACAAUGUUUUUCAUGAACUAAAAUAAUGAUAAUAAAAACAGCAUUCAGUAUGUUCCAUCGAUGGGUAUUCUUAUGUAAUACAAUCUGUAGCCUUUCUUAUGGAGAAAUGCAUUGUAGUAAUUAUGAUAUUAAUGUUUAUAAUCAUUGUAGCUAUACACACUGUAUGCACACUGAAGAAGUUAUGAUGUACAGUCAAAACUUGUUUGAAAUGCUAUAUUUCGUCUUCCUUUUCAAUAUUUGUGGCAAAGAUAACAGUUUAUAUGACACCUAGAUAGAUCCUUGUCAUUUGAUCGGUUGUUUGGUAUCGAUCAUUCAGCCCAUUUGUCAUAAUUUGUGCAAUUUUAGAUCCAUACGAUUUUGUUCAUUGCACGAUCACUGAGACCACCGUCGCUAUGCGUAAAACACUCGUGUUGCAGUGUGUUAUUAUGUAUGUGACAAUCAACACUCGCACUGCAUGCACUUCUGCAUCGAAAUUCAUCAAUGUCAAAAUAAUGACAAAUAUCUAUUUUCAGAUUUCAUAUAAAACAAAUAAGGAUUUUUUCAUUUGUGCAAUGGACAGAAUACUUCAUUCGGUGAAAGAUGAAAUGAAUGGAUCAUCACCUUUCACCUCGUGAAGUAUUCUGUCUGAUCUGUCUGAAGUCAACUUAAAAGAUGCAAUGACAUAUGCUUUGCAUAUUCCUUUGACUUUGUCAUUUAUCUGACGUAUGGAAGUUUUACUUGUGCAGGCUUGUCUGUUUUUUUUUUUCAUUGCAUAAUAAGAGGCCAUUUAUUUUUCUCCCAUUAAGACUCCAUCCUUUUUUAAAUGUUGUAGCAUAAUGUAGAGGAAUAUACUAUGAUACUUUUGAUGUAAUUUAAUGCAAUGGGUUUUGUAAAUAAAAUGUAAUAUAAUGCAAACUAAUUGAUGAAUCAUAAUGUUAUGUGAUAUAUUUGAUGCAGCGUAAUGACAUUUUGGUUGAAAUUAUCAUAAUUCUAUAUUAUAUUAUGCAUGCACUGUUUUCAUUUGUGAAGAGCUCAAGAUAUAAGUAACAUGUUAAUAUCAUUAUUAUCAUUUGAUAAGACCUGACAAUAAAUUGAACUAAGUUUAUUGAUGUUAGCAUGUGACUAGUAGCAAAAUAAGGUCCAACAGGUACUGUGAAUAUUUUCCCCAUAAUGAGUGAUAAAAGAUUUUUUAAAAACACACAAAUAUGCUUGACUUACCAUGGAUAUCCAAACAUUAAACCCUUGGUGCUUGCAAACUGAUCUUUCACUUCCUGGACACAUUUCACUGCAAAAUUCGAAAAUCUGCAGUGGCAUUCCAUAGAAACGUGGUCUCGGGUAACCUAGGGUUAGCUUUAUAAUGCUAUGAGAAUACCAGCGAAAGAGCUGUAAUUUGAAAUACAAGUGCAAAUCCUUGUUUGUUUUAAUUAUUUUUUUUUUGGUUUCUGUAGGUUUUUGUAUGUAUUUUGCAAGUGAAAUUAUCGGUCUCAAUUAUGAAAAGGUGCAUAGGAGAUGGUAGCAGUUUUCACUUUAUUGGAGUGGAGAUGGUGCACUUUAUGUGUAGAACAGUGAUGGGUCCAAUGACCGGGGUAUUGAUAAUUACACUUAAAGCGCUUGGAGAAAUGCAAAGUAAGGCACUAUAUGAAUGUAACUAUUAUUAUUUUAUUAUCAUGGAUUUGGUUUAAUUCAAUUUUGUAGUGUCUUGAUACUUGACAUUGGCCUUAGAACGCCUCAAGUCUUAUGUUUUUUUGUGUGUGUGUGUGCCUUGGCCAAGGAAUUGGAAAUUCAGUCCAUUUUGUUAAGAAGGGGCUUUAUCAGAAAGCUAUUGACUAUCUUGUUAUUUCUAGACUGUGUUUGUGAAUACUUGCCAGCCAAUAUAAGUGUGAUACUACUAUAAUAAUUAUGGCAACGUGAUCAGAUGAUUGAAAUAAAUUGUGUGUUACACAAUAAA